AUAGAUUUUGCUUUCAAGUGUAUAACAGUUCAAUUAACCUCACUGUUCCCGCCUAAUGGCGUUUUGAAACAGAAUAGCCUCUGUAAGUUUGUGUAGCUGUAUAGAUUGAAACCUUGAUCUGAAGAAGUUUGAGGGUAAUGGAGCAAGACUUGAAAAAGGUACCAAGUCCUUCGAAGGGUUUACUGAGAAGUGAAGAAUUAUAUGAGUAUAUUCUGGAGACUAGUGUGUACCCACGUGAACCAGAGCCUCUGAAGGAGCUGAGGCAAGUCACUGCUAAUCACCCAAGGGCUGUCAUGGCUACUGCACCAGAUGCUGGUCAACUAAUUUCCAUGCUUAUGCAGCUAGUCAAUGCAAAAAAGACUAUUGAAGUUGGAGUCUUCACUGGAUACUCCCUUCUACUCACUGCUCUUUCAAUUCCGGAGGAUGGAAAGAUAACAGCAAUAGACUUGAAUCGCGAGUCAUAUGAGAUUGGAUUACCAAUCAUUAGGAAAGCUGGUGUUGAGCACAAGAUAGAUUUCAUUGAGUCUGAAGCUCUGCCGGCUCUUGAUCAGCUCUUGAAAGAUCGUGCAAAUGAAGGGAAUUUUGACUUUGCAUUUAUUGAUGCCGACAAAGUUAACUACUGGAAUUACCAUGAAAGACUAAUGAAAUUGGUGAAGGUUGGUGGCAUAGUUGUUUAUGACAACACACUCUGGGGGGGAUCAGUAGCAAUGAGUGAUGAGGACACUGAAGAAUAUAGAAAACAAGGGAGGAAACUGACAAUUGAAUUUAACAGACUAAUCGCAGCUGAUCCUCGGAUUCAUGUUUCCCUUGCUCCUUUAGGUGAUGGUAUCACCAUCUGCAGGCGCAACUCUUAAUUCUUGUGGUAGUGAUUGGGUUGAAACUUACAGAUUAUGCUGUGUUACCAAAAAAAAAUAUAAUAAAUAAAAAGGUAUGAAAUAAACCCCGGGCGGUAUGGGGUUUGCAAAUGUA